GCUCCGACUCCGGCUCCGGCUCUGGCUCCGGCUCGGCUCCCGCGGCCCGGACUGCUGUGGGCGAGCGCUCCGGGGAGCUCCCGGCAAGCUAUAUGGUAUCACUAUUGAAGAGCUGUCCUGCACGGUCCAAGGAUGUGUGGUCACUGCUGCUCAACGCCCUUAUUGGACCAGGUUCCCGCCAGCUUGAUCCCAUGCUUGGAUUCCAAGGUGACCAUGGAGGCCGGUGGUCUCCCCUUGGAGCUGUGGCGCAUGAUCUUAGCCUAUCUGCACCUUCCCGACCUGGGCCGUUGCAGCCUGGUGUGCAGAGCCUGGUAUGACCUGAUCCUCAGUCUCGACAGCACCCGCUGGCGGCAGCUGUGUCUGGGAUGCACCGAAUGCCGCCACCCAAACUGGCCCAACCAGCCCGAUGUGGAGCCUGAGUCUUGGAGGGAGGCCUUCAAGCAACAUUACCUUGCCUCUAAGACGUGGACCAAGAACGCCCUGGACUUGGAGUCCUCUGUCUGCUUUUCUCUAUUUCGCCGGAGGAGGGAACGCCGUACCCUGAGUGUUGGGCCAGGCCAUGAGUUUGACAGCCUGGGCAGUGCCUUGGCCAUGGCUAGCCUGUAUGACCGAAUUGUGCUAUUCCCAGGUGUGUAUGAAGAGCAAGGUGAAAUCAUCCUGAAGGUACCCGUGGAGAUCGUAGGCCACGGGAAGUUGGGUGAAGUGGCCCUGCUAGCCAGCAUUGAUCAGCACUGCUCCACCACACGCCUGUGCAACCUUGUCUUCAUGCCGGCCUGGUUCUCCCCUUUCAUGUUUAAGACAACAUCGGGUCAUGUCCAAUUUGACAACUGCAACUUUGAGAAUGGGCAUAUCCAGGUCCAUGGCCCAGGCACUUGCCAAGUGAAGUUUUGCACCUUCAAAAACACCCAUGUUUUCCUGCACAAUGUGCCCCUGUGUGUCCUGGAAAACUGUGAAUUUGUGGGCAGUGAAAACAACUCUGUGACUGUGGAGGGCCACCCAUCUGCAGACAAGAACUGGGCCUACAAGUAUCUACUAGGGCUUAUCAAGUCCUCCCCCAGUGUGCUACCCACGGAGGAUUCUGACUCUUUAAUGUCCCUGGACCUGGAGAGCAGGGACCAGGCUUGGAGCCCAAGGACCUGUGACAUUGUCAUUGAAGGCAGCCAAAGCCCUACCAGCCCAGCUUCUACCUCCCCAAAGCCAGGCUCCAAGGCUGGCUCACAGGAGGCAGAGGUGGGCAGUGAUGGGGAAAGGGUGGCCCAGACCCCAGACAGCAGCGAUGGAGGCCUGAGUCCUAGUGGUGAGGAUGAGGACGAGGACCAGCUCACAUACAGACUGUCCUACCAAGUGCAAGGCCCACGCCCUGUACUGGGGGGCUCCUUUCUAGGCCCACCACUUCCAGGAGCAUCCAUUCAGCUGCCCAGUUGCCUAGUGCUGAACUCUCUGCAGCAGGAGCUGCAGAAGGACAAGGAGGCCAUGGCACUGGCCAGCUCCGUGCAGGGCUGCCUCAUCCGCAAGUGCCUCUUCCGGGACGGAAAGGGAGGCGUCUUCGUUUGCUCCUAUGGCCGAGCCAAGAUGGAAGGAAACAUCUUCCGGAACCUGACUUACGCAGUGCGGUGUAUACAUAACAGCAAGAUCGUCAUGCUCAGGAAUGACAUUCACCGCUGCAGAGCGUCAGGCAUCUUUCUUCGCUUGGAGGGCGGAGGCUUGAUCGCUGGCAACAACAUUUACCACAAUGCGGAGGCAGGAGUAGACAUCCGGAAAAAGUCCAACCCACUCAUACUGUGUAACCAGAUCCACCACGGCCUUCGUUCUGGCAUUGUUGUCCUUGGCAAUGGGAAAGGCGUCAUCCGGAACAAUCAAAUCUUUUCAAAUAAGGAGGCUGGUAUUUAUAUCCUGUACCACGGAAAUCCAGUCGUGAGCGGGAACCACAUUUUUAAGGGCCGUGCAGCUGGCAUAGCAGUGAACGAGAAUGGCAAAGGCCUCAUCACAGAAAAUGUCAUCCGUGAGAAUCAGUGGGGAGGUGUAGACAUCCGUCGAGGAGGAGUCCCCGUCCUCAGGAGCAACCUCAUCUGCUUCGGCUACUCAGAUGGUGUGGUCGUGGGAGAUGAAGGCAAAGGACUGAUAGAAGGAAACACCAUCUAUGCUAAUAAGGGCUGUGGUGUGUGGAUGAUGUCGUCCAGCCUGCCCCACGUCACCAGCAACCACGUCAGCUACAAUGGCCUGUAUGGAGUGGCAGUGUUUAGUCAGAAGGAGGGUUCUGGUGAGUUCCCUGGAGGUCACGGGGCCCAGGAGAACUUCAGCGAGGAUGGGGACGCCAUCCUUUGGGAGACAGAGCUGGAGAAGGACGAUGACCCACUGCGCCGGCCCAUCGCCAUAGCUCUCGUGGAGUCCAACAGUAUUAAUCACAACGGAGCCUCAGGACUGUACGUCCAGAGCAGCGAGGCGCUGCACGUCCUCACCAACGUGAUCCAUGCUAACGGAGACAGAGGCAUCACUGUAGCCCAGAGCAGCCAGCUCACCCGUGUGGCCAGCAACAGCAUCUCCUGCAACCGGCAGAGUGGGGUCAAGGUCGAGGCCCAGUGCAAGGUGGAGCUCCGGGGCAACGGUAUCUAUGACAACAGAGGCCAUGGCAUCAUCACCAAGGGCGACAGCACCGUGGUCAUCGAAAAUGACAUCAUUGGCAACCGGGGCAGUGGGCUGCAGCUGUUGCCCAGGUCCGACACGAAGGUAAUAAAGAACCGGAUCCAUUCAUUCCGGGCCUACGGCAUUGCAGUGCGGGGCCGCGCCAAGGCCCUGGUGCAGGAGAACAUCAUCUUCCAGGGCAAGACCAGCAAGACGAUCUUUCAGCAGAUCUCAAACAACCGAGAAUGUAUCAUGCAAAACAACAAGUUCUUGGUGUUCAAGAAGAAACUGUCGUUUUGCACCUCUAGGUCUGAUACGUGGCGCCUGGUGAACCCACCAGCACGGCCUCACCUUGAAAGUUCUCUCCGAGGCCCCUCUACAGCCCACAGUGGACAGAAGGUGACGGCCAUGGCGACCAGGAUCACUGCCCGCGUGGAAGGUGGUUACCACAGCAAUCGUAGCGUCUUCUGCACCAUUCUGUAAGGAAGGGGAGCCGCGGCGUGGGGCGGCUGAGGGCGGUGCAAAGACUCCAGGAGCAACAACCCCAUACCCAAGCUCAGGCUCGGGCUCUGAUGGGUGUUCAGCCGAGCUAGGAGGUCAAGGCAGCAUCGGGAUGAAAGCAGCAGCAGCAGCUGAGGGGCUCCGGGCCUCUCUCAGUCCUCCUACUCACUGCACCCUGGAGAAAACAGGCUUCCGGGCUUCCUGGGGACUGAGAAAAGAAACAGAUUGGUGGGUUUCCUGUCACUCAAGCUCUUAUAGAAGUUAUGAAGAGUUGGGGAAAAACGAUACUAAAGCUUUGGUCAGGUCUCUGAAUGACAGGGAAGUGUUGUUUUACACACACCAAACCCAGACUCUUGUCAGGGAAGAGCAUUUACUCCUGAGGGAGGAGGUGAUUCUAGUAAGGUGGAGAGAGAUAGCUGCCCCAGAAUUUUCCCCUUUCCUGGACCUCUCUCGAUCCCUACAAGCACGUGGCCACACGCUCCUGGCUAUCUGCAGAGGCUGGAGGAGUUGAGCUUGGUUCCCUUCAACUUGAACAUGAACUGUGAGGGGGACAGGGAGCCCUCUGGAAAGGCUGCCCUACAAUGACAAGGGACUUGCUGAAAAGAGGAAGGCCGUGUGGAGAAGUCCUCCUUUCAGCAGCCCAGGUGCCCGGCUGGGUGGGGCAGGGAUGCACGAGACCCCACUCUGCCCUCAGGGAGCUCCCAAACUCAGGAGGAUACUGGCUCGAGGCCCUGCGUGUACCCACACCAGCCGCCCUCCUGGGCACCGGACUGGUGGAGAUGGAGGUGCCCAGGGCCCCUUGUCUGUGUCCAUGUUCUCUCAUGGAUGACUGCCUGCCUUUACUGACCCUACCACGGUUCCCCACUCUGUGCCUUGGCUCAUGCUCUGUCCUCUUCUUGGCAUGCCCUUCUCACCAUCUGCACUUGUCCACACCCCACCUAGUCUUCGGGGGUUUAGCUGAGACACUGCCUUCUCCGCAGAGCUCCCCUCCCUGCAGUGACCGCGCCUUCCGCCCUUCCCGCUCUGAGGCUCCACCGCCCUUUCUCUGCCCCCUCUCAGGUAUGGAGCACUUUCUGCCUUGCUUUGGAGUUUUCUAGGCCCCUGCCUGUGAGCUCCCUGAGGGCAGGACCUGGCCUCAGUCUGUCCCCAGUUCCCAACCCAGGGUUGCCGUGGGGUCAGUAGCCUGAGGGAGGGGAGGAAGGGCCUCCUAAAGGGCUUUACUGAACUGUACUGUGAAUGUGUCUAGGUUCCAGAGCCAGGUGGGCUCAGAUCCCACCUGCUUGAGGACGGGGGCUGAAUGCAGCACUGAGCAGCUCAGCCUGGACAACCCCCUCCCACUCGGCCUUUCAUGUGGGGCCUUCGCCAGCCUAUAGGGGGUGCUGUGGUACACUUUGCCACUCGCUUCCCAGGCUGGUUCCACCGGGCCCUCGGUGCUGCUCACCUGGGUGGGGUGGAGGGGUAGCUGGAGAUGGUAGUAGCUGGCUUCUCCCCGAGGACUUUGGGCACAAGACACGGGCCCCUCCUGUCCCCAGCACUGUCCUUUGCACUUCUCUGGUGGCCCCAAUGUGAGUCGCUGUACAAAAUGCUGCCUUUAUUAUUUUGUAAUGACUUUUCUGUGAACCAAAUGCUUAUGAAAAUCUCUGCAACCACAAUAAAGUUUUAUAUUUUAAAAGAA